GAUGUAGUCGAACAGUCUCUCAGUAUCCCGGCAGGGCUGAAAUCGACUGGGUCCAGAGGAAUGGCUCAGGCCAGUCAUCUGCAGAUGAUUGAUGAGAAAGACUUGCGCGAUGUAGUUUUGGUCCGAACGAGUGUAGGUGCGUGUUUGCGAGGACAUUUCGGGAGGACAGGACACAAAGUGGCUGUCAAGUUAAUCAAGGAUUGUAAAAUCUAUGACAAUAGUUGCAAAAGUACUACAAAAAAUCUGACCUCCAAGGUGAUUCCCCAGAAUGAAACUCUGCCAGAGUCUUCACUGAAUGCAAAAGGAAAGGCCCCUCUACCAAAGGCAACAAGGGGUUGUCCUCAGAUUGGAUGUUGUAGGGAUACUGGCAAAAGUUCAGUCCAAUCCAAUAACUCCCGCAAUGAUCAUGGUUUCACUCAGAUUAAUGGAAGUCCCGGAGUUCCCCAGAGACAGAGCUCUACAUCUUUAAGGUUCCCAUGUGUUUCCCCCACAACGAUAUUUCAGAGUAACCCACAACACAACGCUGGCAACCAGGUUAAAUGUCAGCUGUCUGCAGGAAGGAGCUGUUGUCGACUUCUGCAAGAAAGACGGGAGGUCAUUGUUCACUGCAUGACUGAGGGGCGACUCAACAACCUACUUGAUGUGUUGCGGGCUAGACAGGCUGUGACCCGUGAGAUGUACGAGAUCAUCACUGCAGCCCUGACCUUGACCGCACGCACGCGCUGUUUGCUUGAUGUCUGUGCCUGCCUUGGUGAAAAUGUUGCUAUCUUGGUGGCCACAACUUUAGGUUUAGUAUCCACCGAAAAUACUCAGACCACACAUAGGUGGCAGGCUGGGUAAAUUAAGCCAACGUGCCGCUACUCUUAUGCAAUGGAAAAAUGCAGUAACUGCACAUGAAACAACUUAUAUCAGAUUGAUAUGGCACUGUAAUGUGUUGGAAUUGUUAGUGUGUUCUUGUUUGGACUACUCUGUAACAGAUGAAGAGAGGGUAGACUCUCUGGAAGGGUAUGCUGCAAUGCAGCUUUAGUCUUGGAUCUAAAGAUCUCAUCAGAUUAACACCCAGUAUAAAGGGUACUGAUGAUGUCAUUGUUUCCCAGUUGACAAACUGAAGGGAGUAGUUAAUGCCUUUGAUGAUGAUGAUGAUGAUAAUGAUGUUCUGAUGAAUGGGCAAAUAUAGGUUUGAUUACAUUCCUUUGUGGAGAGAAAAAAAUCAACAGCACAAAAACAGAUUAUUUUGAAAAGAACCUUCAUGAAAGGUAAGGCUGUUUCCCUUAAUCAUGCUUACUUAACAGUGUUUGCUGUGAACUUUCACUCUCAGUUAACACUGAGACUGUUGACUGAGAAGUUCACAGCCUAAUAUAUCACAUUCAUCUGAUAGACUCAUCAAAUAUUUUACAUUUUUCUUACUAUAACCACAUUUAUCUUGCAUGUAAUCCACAUUUCCAAGGAUGCAAGUUUUGGGGGGGGUUUUUCGACUCAGUAGUUUCUGAUUGUAGUGUAUCUUGCAACAAGACAUUAUUUUUUUUCUUCCCUCUGUACAGUUUGUAGCAUGGCAUGUAUAAAUCAAAAUAAAUACAUAAAUAUUAAAAAUGAAUGU